UUAGGACCUCCUGUGCUCCUCCGUUAAAAUCUAUCUAGUACUCAACUCUUGUUUGCGCAGCAUGUAGGUACAUGGUAGGGCUAUAUGUAUAUAUAAAUUAUAUAUACUUCGGUGGCCUAGAUUGUUAUACAGUUUUUAGUAGGGCAACCUGGUGCAGGAAGGACUGAUUUUUUUUGGUCAUAUUUGUGUAAUCUUUUUUGUUUGUUUGAAGUAUUUAGAUUGGGCGUUCGUUGAGUUCUUGAAAUAGUCAGGGGUAUUCAAACGGAUUUGGCUUGGACUCGGAGGACUCUGUGGAUCGGAUUGAGGGAAGAUUUGCAUAAAUGUCGCAUUUAAGUCCAGAGUGUUGAGAUUGUGAAGCUUGUGGAGCUAAUUUUGGCUGGUUUGGUUUAAUUUUGGGUUGUAGAAAUCUGUAAUUCGGGCUUAGAUGUGGAAUUGUGAUUGAUUUGACAGAGCUCAGGGUGGGGGGGUGAUUUAGUGUAGAAAAUUUGGGGAUUUCUGUAAAUUUUGUAGGGGAUUAAUUUGGGGGCUUUAGUUAUGGGGAAGGCGGGAAGAGAUUGGAUGCAAGUUUAUGCAAUCUACGGAAUGGAGGAAUGGCAUUCUCUGGUGUUGACGCUGCUUCAGGGGAGUGCUUUAGGGGUGUCGUCUUUUUUAUUUAUGACUUAUUUUGGCCCAAUCUGUACUUUUUUAGCCGGAUCGUUUCAUUUUCUUCCCAUUCAUGCCUGGAGCUUUGUGGCUGGUUUUGUUGGAUCACUCAUGGCGCUUCUGGCGGUUUGCUACUUCGUAACGGCCGCCAGCAUCUGGUAUUCCGACGGGAUUCUGCACUGGAAAAUGGCGCAGAGGAUUGUAUCAGUGGUGAACGACUGGUCCAAUGUGAAAACCGCCCUGGACAUAGGGUGUGGGCGCGGUAUUCUGCUCAAUACCGUGGCAAUGCAGCUGAAAAAGGAAGGCAGCUGCGGGCGAGUUGUCGGCGUAGAUCUGUGGAUGGAUGGCCAGAAAACCGUCUCAUCCACUCUCAGAACUGCCGCCAUUGAAGGCGUGCAGGAGAAAGUUACAUGCAGGAGCGGAGAUGCGAGGAAUUUGCCUUUCAUGGACAAUUAUUUCGAUGUUGUGGUUUCAGGUCUUUUUCUGCACACCGUCGGAAAGGAGUUUGGCUUCAAAACCCCUGGUGCGGCCGCGGAAAGAACAAAAGCUUUGCAGGAGAUUGUGAGGGUUUUGAAGCCCGGCGGAAUGGCGGUCGUUUGGGAUUUGAUGUGCGGGCCGGAUUAUGUACAGAGGCUUCACGAGCUCAAAAUGCAGGACAUUAAUAUUUCUGAGUGUGUGCCGGCUUUUAUGAUGCAGAGCCAUGUCGUUUCUUUCAGGAAACCCUACUAUCAAGUUCAGCUUAAUGGCCAUGACUGGAGAAGCAGUAUUGCAUGAAGCUGAAACCAAAUUACUCAAAUUCUGCUGUAAUCUUAAAGUUUACUAUUAUUACUGCUGCUGUUAUUAUUAUUAUUACUAUUAUUCAUAUCUAUUUCUGAGUUCAUCCGAAGGAUGAACGACUUUUGUAAAUCCAGAGAAAAGUGUAAGUCCAGAGAAAGGUAGGAUUACAGUGUUAGAUUUAACUGUAGAGACUUGUUAUUUUCACAGAUCUUCUCUUUCUUUUGAAAAUCAGCCAUUGUAGAGAGCAGACAGGAAUCUGUGCUGAUGAAUUGUAAAGCAGAAAGGAAAAAUUAUCUGUAAAUCUUCUGGUUAUGCAAACUCUAUUAUUUUGGGGUUGGUUGGUUUUUUUUUUCGAUUCGAAUGUAGAACAAAGAAUAAAAGCUGUCGUUUUCGAUUAAAAUCAAAUCUGAAGAAAGGGGUGAGACAUGGGGCAAAACAAGCACCAUUGUUGCUGUUGUCAGAAUCGAAAAUUAUUUAUUUGAUCUAGAAAAAAAAUGACUGAAGUUAUUUAUUUGUUUUUGUUA